UCGGGUGGAAGAGAUAUUGCACAAGGCCACUAGUAACCAUUGGGCAGAAGCACUGAUCCCAAAUUUCCGAAACUUUCCAAUCCUAUCUGCAAAAAUUGCUUUUUAUUUUCAAGUUCUGCGCAUCUUGAGCUGAUUUCGAUCAGAUAUGGCAACGAAGCUGCAGAUGUUUACUGGAGUACCAUUGGCAUCAACACCUCCAACGUCGUUGUUUCAAGUUUGUUCUUCAAGCUCCAAUAGUCUCUACGUGCUCAGGAAACCUCUGACCACGUCGUUCUUCGGUGGCAGAGUUGAAUAUCUGAAAGUUAAAGGGAUAAGGAUUGCUGGCCCCAUCCAAUCUUAUUCUAGACAAGGUGGAGGUGCUCUUGGCACUCAAAUGAACCUUUUUGAUAGAUUUGCCAGAGUUGUGAAGUCAUAUGCAAAUGCAAUCAUAAGUACUUUUGAAGAUCCAGAGAAAAUAUUGGAGCAGACAGUUCUUGAAAUGAAUGAUGACUUGACAAAAAUGCGUCAAGCUACAGCACAGGUAUUGGCAUCUCAGAAGCGGUUGGAAAAUAAAUACAAAGCUGCACAACAAGCUUCUGAAGAGUGGUACCGUAAAGCACAACUUGCUCUUCAGAAAGGCGAUGAAGAUCUUGCUCGUGAAGCUUUGAAAAGGCGGAAAUCUUAUGCUGAUAAUGCUAAUGCUUUGAAACUUCAACUUGAUCAACAAAAGGGUGUUGUUGACAACCUUGUCUCUAAUACACGGCUUUUGGAGAGUAAGAUACAGGAGGCAAGGUCUAAGAAGGAUACUUUGAAAGCCAGAGCUCAAUCUGCAAAGACGUCAACUAAAGUGAAUGAGAUGCUGGGAAAUGUCAAUACAAGUAGUGCUCUAUCAGCUUUUGAAAAGAUGGAAGAAAAAGUGUUGGCAAUGGAAUCGGAAGCUGAAGCUCUUGGCCAGUUGACAAGUGAUGAUCUUGAAGGAAAGUUUGCAUUGUUAGAGAGCUCGUCAGUUGAUGAUGAUCUUGCAAAUUUGAAGAAAGAACUAUCUGGUAGCUCAAAGAAAGGAGAGCUUCCCCCCGGAAGAAGUGUUAGUACUAGCACAAACACUGGAAUCCCAUUUCGAGAUGCUGAGAUUGAAAGGGAACUUGAUCAAUUAAGGAGAAGGGCAAAGGAUUUCUGAAGCUUGAAAUACUACAUUUCUUAAAAUUUCGUAUAGGCAUUUGACCAUUUGUUAUCUUGUCUCAGAUCAACACUGUACAGCUCAGGCCAAUCUUAGCAAUGUUUUAUGACGUGGCUAAAAAUUAAGUGGGCGAAUCAAUUGACUGGCUGCAUGCUUGUGGAGCUCAUAUAACAUUGAAAGUCCAUCAGUGCGAUAUAAGUGUAGCGCUAAUUUAUGUAAAGACCUGUAGCAUUGGUUUUGGAAGAAAUGCAUAAGCGGAGUAGCAUAUUCUUCGACCUUA